CAGGGAAUAGUGAUUCCAGUUAACCACCCAGAAUCAGCGAAAGAUGAAAUUCCGAGACCUGAUGCUUCAGAAAGUAACAUACUUUCAUCUUUUGGAAUAAUAGGUCAUUGCCCCCUGAGCAUUAGUGCGUUAAAAUGUGUUGAUAAUCAUAAGAAUCUUUUAUUAAAGUACAACAAAUCGUAUAAUUUUGCAUUAAUAGAGUAAUAAAUGUAAUUAGCAUUGUCCACAAGCAUUGAGUGAAUGAUCUAAUUCUAAAAUACAAUGCGGAUAAACUUCAGAUGUUCAAGUCAAAGCGCUUUGUUCUGAAAUUCAAUAGAGCAAUAUACUGGAAACAAUUAAAAAAAAACUCCUUCGAGGAGGUGUGAUAAUGCAAAUUUCCUGUUGUCAUAAAAAAGUUGCAAUUUUACAAGCACUUGAACAGAAUAAGAAAAUUCAAGAUUAAAUGUGAAAAUGUUUAAGAAUUUUUGAAGAUAUUCAUCAAUUACAUCCGAUAUUUUAAGAAUCAGAAUCGGAAAAAAAGUUGAAAGACAAACUUUAUACGCAUUUUUCAUUUUUUGGUUAUGUUGUCAUUGGAGAUUUUUUUUACAUUUCCUUUGGAAAAAAAUUAUUAGUUUUUGGUUCGAAAAAAUAUAUUGAAUAAAAAAGGAUAUAAAGGAGGAAAAGUAACUUAUGCACAUUGGCUUUGGCAUAUUAUUCGAAAUAAAGGUUCAUUUGCUGAGGAAGACGCGAUGGCAUGGCAUCGAUCGGCCAACGUGGGAUUCACCGUUCGGUCGACGAGACAUGAUAAUGAUGAGAACAAGGUGAGACAAAAAGGAGGGAAAUCCCCUCAGUUAUAAAGCUAUGGUGAAAGGUUUCGGACGUCACCUCGAGAGGGAGCCACCAAACGUCCACUUAAUCGUCUUCAUCUUCAUUCUCCUUGCUGUUACAACAACACGUGGCGUUGAUCUCUCACAAUGCAUUGCACCGCUGGGCAUGGAGUCAAAAGCAAUACCGGAUGCCGACAUCACUGCAAGUUCCAGUUACGACAGCAGCAACGUUGGACCACAUCAGGCUCGAUUAAAGUCCGAGAAUCACGGUGGCGCAUGGUGUCCGAAAGAUCAAAUAACAACAGAGCCACGAGAAUGGUUGGAAAUUGAUCUUCACACUGUUCAUAUGAUUACCGCUACUGGUACUCAAGGUCGUUUUGGAAAUGGCCUCGGUCUUGAAUUUGCAGAGGCGUAUUUGUUGGAAUAUUGGCGACCACGUCUUGGCAAAUGGGUUCGCUAUCGGGACGUUAAGGGACAAGAGGUAAUCAAGGGCAAUACGAACACCUACCUGGAGUCAAAAACCGAACUCGAACCACCGAUCUGGGCUAGUAAAGUUCGCUUUAUGCCGUACAGUUACCAUCGACGAACCGUCUGCAUGAGAGUUGAACUUUACGGAUGCUACUGGAGCGAUGGUGUGGUCUCGUACUCGAUGCCUCAGGGUGAUAAGCGGGGCAAUGACUGGGAGUUCUUUGACGCGACUUAUGACGGUCAUUGGGACGGUGAAUUACGACGAGGCUUAGGUCAAUUGAUCGACGGUAGGAGAGGUUCGGAUAAUUUCAAAAUGGGCUACUACGAUUACGAUCGUGGACAAGGAUGGGUAGGCUGGAAGAACGACACUCGCAAUGGACAGCCAAUUGAGAUCAAGUUCGAAUUCGACAACGUCAGGGAAUUUUCGGCCGUUCACAUUUACAGCAAUAACCAGUUCACCAAGGAUGUUCGGGUUUUCUCUCAAGUUGACAUUCUCUUCAGCAUUGGCGGAAAGUACUAUACGGGCGAGCCAAUCACUUACACGUAUAUGGAGGAUAAUAUUUUCGAAACACCCCACAACAUCUCAGUGAAGCUGCACCAUCGUGUCGGUAAAUUUGUGAAACUGAAGCUUCAUUUUGCUGCUAAAUGGAUUAUGGUCAGCGAAGUUAAUUUCGAUUCUGAUGUGGCUCAUGGAAAUUUUACCGUUGAAGAUCUAUCAUCGACGGAAUCGCCGGUGGAGAACGAUGUACUUAUUGAAAAGAAUAAAGUAGCGGAAGGUGAACUUCCUGUUUCCACGGCAAAGCACGAUGAUCCAACUUAUAUGGCGGUCGUGAUCGGAGUCCUAACUGCUGUAAUUCUUCUUUUAGCGGUUGCCAUUUUUCUGAUAGUUUCACGACACAGACAACGUAAAUGCUUCGCGAGUCCAAUGACAGGAAGAGCUCCAUCUCACUUGGGAUCAACAUGUGCCACAGUUGAAAAGGGUGCAGCACUCAUGGCAUACACACUCGAGGACGACGAAAAGUACGCUGGCGGUUCUCUUCCCACUUUGCCCCGAGAUCUUGGAAAUCGACUUUUGGAUAUCGUGAAACUUGACGAUUAUCAGGAACCAUAUCAAGCCCUCAAGUAUGCUCCUUAUUACAGUUACAGUACUGUUGUGAUGGAGAUGAAGGACAUGAUUCUACCGAGCAAGGGCAUCAAUUCUAAUACAGCGGUGUAUGCCAACGGUGCAGUUGACACAUCCUACGAUUAUGCGGUACCGGAACUUGGGAAGGUGCCUCUUCUCAACUCUGAUUGUUCUAAUGGAGGAAGGCCACUGUCAAGCGCUGGUAGCGAGCAGGACAGUAUUUUUUCGAAAGCCACCAGAAACAGCAAGGCGGAGGAUAAAAAGUCACCAACGCAACAGGAGGUACUUUCCGCCUUGAAGAAACGCCUGGAACAGACAAGCGUGCCGCUCUUCCCACGACAUAGACUUCGCAUGCUCUCGAAAAUUGCCGAUGGCGCCUUUGGCUCGGUAUACGUGGCAGAAGCUGAGGGAAUUCCAGAGUAUGGUACCACAACAACCCUUGGCAAGCGACUUGUAGCCGUCAAGUUUUUACUGCCGGAAGCAAACGAGAAAGAAAAAUUAGAUUUCCAGAGAGAUGUGAGAAUUUUGGCAGCACUGGAGGAUCGUAAUAUUAGCCGAGUAUUGGGUGCGUGCUGUCGAGAGGAGCCUUUUUGCGUUGUAAUGGAAUACUUGGAGCACGGUGAUCUUUGUCAGUUUCUAAAAACCCACAUCACUGCUGAAGAUGCUCACUCAAUGCCAAUUGGUGUCAAGACACUAAGUUUCAACUGUCUCAUCUACAUGGCAGCGCAAAUCGCGUCGGGAAUGCGUUACCUGGAGAACCUAAACUUUGUUCAUCGUGACCUGGCAACCAGGAAUUGUUUAGUUGGAAAGGCAUAUCAUGUAAAAAUAUCGGAUUUUGGAACUGAUAAUGAACUAUACGCUGGUGAUUAUUACAAAGUUGAUGAAACUAUUUCUCUACCUUUACGUUGGAUGGCCUGGGAAUCAUUAUCAUUGGGUAAAUAUACAACGAAAAGCGACGUUUGGUCGUUCGCAGUGACUCUUUGGGAAAUUCUAAAUCUUGGAAGACGAGUUCCCUACGAGCAUCUCACAGACCAAGAAUUAAUGCAAUGUUUAAAGCAAUUGCAUUGCAAUAGCAGCAGCGAUUCAACUGAAGACAACGAAAAAGAAGACGUCCUCACAUUAUUCGACUAUCUACCAAGACCAACUGCCUCAUCUAAGGACAUUUAUGAUCUCAUGCUAGAAUGCUGGCGACGAGAAGAUUUCGAGAGACCCACAUUCCGAGAGAUAUCGCUCUUUUUGCAAAGGAAAAAUCUUGGUUAUGCACCAACCUCUUGAUAUUAGGAUUUACUCACUGCAAAAUACAAAGGUACUUAUGAUAAAAUUCUUUACAAAUAAAAGAGAGAGAGAGAGAGAGAAAAACAAUAGAGAAAGAAAUGGAACUCGAGAAAUCUUAAGAAUUUCUGCUUCUCCUGAUUUCUUGAUAUAAAAAUAAGAAAAGUGUCAAGACCCAUAAACUCAGGACUGAUAAAAAUUAUUUAUAUAAAAUAUAUAUAUUCGACUAGCGAAUAUUUUAUAGUGUUGACAAUUUAAGAAAUUAGGAAGGAAAUUUUUUCAGAAUAUUGUCACACGAAAUUUGAAAUUGUUAAAUUUAGUCGAAGAUAUAUGUCUGUCAAUUCUAAAGUAUUAACUAAAAUUUUCAAAAUUAUGCGAUUUUUUCAAAAUUACGCAAAUUUGUUUAUCAAUUUCCUUUAGUUAUUUAAGCAUUUGUUUUUGACAUGAAUUUUAGUUGAUAUUUAUGAAAAAUAGAAGUAGAAAAGUGAGUGGAAAUUUUAUUGACUUCUUUUUGUGAAGUUUAAGGAAAGGAAUGAAAAUUUUUUACUUUGACUUUCACUUGUUAUUUUCACUUUUUAGAAUGUGGAAAUAAAAGUUGGAGUGAAAGAUAAAUUUUUCCAUAUUUUUAUCGCACAUCUGAAACACUCAAUGAUCGUAGUGAAUUUGCUAAAUACUAUGGCUAUGACACAUCAUAAUUGUAACUCUCUAUAAUAGGUGGGAUCAAUGAAACUAUUAGAUUAAUAUUUGUAAAUAUUAUAGUUGUAUAUGGUAGAAAUCGUUAUUGCUGCGUAUUAAUAAUAUUAGUAAUAAUAAUAAUAGUGAAAAUAAUUAUAAUUAUAAAUAUAACUAUAAUUGUAAUAGUAACAUUAAUAAUAAUAAUAUAAUAAU